GUUUGCGACUCAUACUUUCCGCCGAAUCUGACGUAUAGCGGGGCAAGAUUGCGACCCUCAAGGUAGGUAGCUCCAACCUAAACUGUAGCUUAAUCCAUCCCGUACGUGUAAAAACCCCACCAUUCUAUUUGCGCCACCCGUUACCGCCUUCCUUUCUCUUCACCUCUAUCAAGUUACAUCUAACUUGUACCUAAAAGUAUCAUCAUCCUCAUCGUUAAGUUCGACAUAGUACGCACCAAGACAAAAUCAUGUCGGACAACGUCGGGCUCUCGACGCCGCGAGGCAGCGGAACAUCCGGGUACGUGCAGCGCAACCUAGCGCACCUGAAGCCGCGGGACCGCGCGGCGCCCUACAGCACGAAGGACUUCGACGCGCUGAAGCACCGCCAGCGACAGCCGGACAAGGAGAUCUUGGAACACGACCGCAAGCGCGAGGUCGAGGUCAAGGUAUUCGAGCUGCGGGACCAGCUUGAGGACGAAGGAGUCGAUGAAGACGAGAUCGAUAAGCGCUGCGACGCCCUGCGCAAGGAAUUGCAAGCGAAGAUGAACAAGGGCGGCCGAGACGCGGCGCCGCGGAAGCAAUUGAAGGCGCACCAAGUCCACGAGCUGGCCGACGCGAAGAUCAAGGAGAGCGAGCGGUUGCGGAACGCGCUGAAGAUAAGCAAGAACUACGAAGAGGGAAGCCAUUGGAAAAGACAAGAGGAACGAUUACGGAAGGCCGUCGAGAGGGAAGCUUCCGACCAGAAAGACAGAAGCUAGUCUUAGAGACUUUCUUCUACUUGAGAAUCGCCAUUACUUGAUUAAUCACUACAUAGGUUGCGGGUCGGCGUUAGGGAUAGUUUAUUUCGAUUGAUAUGAUCAAGGGGUAUCAAUUCUUG